AUGGCGUCUUCUUUGUCCGCGUCGUCAAAAUACUCGUUAUUAGAGAACAACGUCGCAGAAGAGAACAACAUCGUGAGUGGUGGCAGCGCGAUGAGGAGUAGCGCGAUGAUGGGGAGUUCUUCCUCGACGGGGAGAUAUCACUCCGGGGGUGGUUGGGACGAACCAGUCGAUACGAACGGAUUCUCGUCGAACACGAAAGGUUUACUCCUCGCCAUCGGCUCUUCGCUCUGCAUAGGCGCCUCGUUCAUCAUAAAAAAGAAAGGGUUAAAACUGUCGAGCUCUCGCGCGAACUCAAAACGAGCCGGCGACGGCGGGUUCGGGUACUUACACGAACCUUUGUGGUGGGUCGGCAUGCUCUCGAUGACGCUGGGGGAAAUCGCGAACUUCGCGGCGUACGCGUUCGCGCCGGCGAUUGUGGUCACGCCUUUAGGCGCGUUGUCGAUUAUCAUUUCCGCGGUGUUGAGUCAUUACGUGUUGAACGAGAAGUUGAACACGUUUGGGUGGUUGGGUUGUGCGUUGUGUAUCGUCGGGUCCGCGAAUAUCGUGUUGCACGCACCGGAGGAGAAGGAAAUCGAUUCGAUCAAAGAGAUUGUGCGUUUAAUGCUCCAACCGACGUUUUUGUCGUACGCGGCGUUUGUUUUAAUGUUUACGUUUGUGUUGAUCACGCAGAUUUAUCCGAUUCACGGGACGACGCAAUUGUUGGUACCGAUUGGGAUUUGUUCGUUGGUUGGGAGUUUAUCGGUGAUGAGCGUGAAGACUUUAGGAUUGGCGCUGAAGAUGACGUUCGAGGGCAACAACCAGAUGCGGGAAAUCGAGACGUGGGUGAUGAUCGGGUUUGUGAUUUUUUGCGUGUUGACGCAGAUGAACUACUUGAAUAAAGCGUUGGAUACGUUUAACACGGCGAUUGUGACGCCAAUAUAUUACGUGUGCUUUACGACGUUGACGUUAACCGCGAGUUCGAUCAUGUUUAAAGAUUAUUUAGGGCAAGGAUACGCGGAAGUUUUGAGUCAGACGAUCGGGUUCGUGGUCAUCGUGAGCGGCGUCUUUAUACUCAACGUGACGAAAGACAUACCGCAGGAAACGUUGAAUAGAAAACGGUGGAUCGUCACCAGGCAAGAUAGUCGAGAGUUUGAAAACGUGCAAGAGGAAUAUCGCGAUAGUUUGAAAAAAGGUAGCCACAAUAAUCUUUGA